AUGGAGGUUAAUGAUACAAACAUGCAAGCUUUAGCUAGUUAUCUUCAACAAACACUUUCUCCUGAUAGAGAUACUAGAAAACAGGCUGAGAAGUUUUUGGAAUCAGUAGAGACCAAUCAGAACUAUUCUCUAUUAUUGUUACAUUUGAUGGAUAAAGGUGAAGUUGACAUACACAUUAGAGUUAGUGCUGCCAUAACUUUUAAAAACUUCAUUAAACGUAACUGGAGAGUGGUAGAAGAAGCUGGAGAUAAAAUUCCUGAAGUUGACAGAAAUGCCAUUAAACAACAUAUCGUAGGCUUGAUGUUGAAAAGUGUAGAACAAAUACAGUUACAACUAAGUGAUGCUAUCAGUAUUAUAGGCCGAGAAGAUUUCCCAGAUAAAUGGCCAGAUCUUAUCACUGAAAUGGUCAGUAAAUUUCUAACAGGUGAUUUCCAUGUAAUUAAUGGUGUUUUAAGAACAGCACAUUCACUCUUUAAAAGAUAUCGACAUGAAUUUAAAUCACAAGAACUGUGGACUGAAAUUAAGUUUGUUUUGAAUAAUUUUGCUACACCAUUUACUGAACUAUUUGUGGUAACAAUGGGGUUAGCUGAAACUCAUGCUAAUGAUCCAGUGGCAUUGAAAGUGAUAUUUAGUUCUAUUUUAUUAAUCUGUAAAAUAUUUUACAGUCUCAACUUUCAGGAUUUACCUGAACAUUUUGAAGAUAACAUGUCAACCUGGAUGACACAUUUCUUAACUUUACUGAGUAAAGACAAUAAAAUACUACAAACGACAGAUGAAGAAGAAGCAGGACUGUUAGAACAAGUCAAGUCACAGAUCUGUGAUAAUGUGGCUUUGUUUGCUCAGAAAUAUGACGAGGAAUUUUCAGCCCAUUUACCAAGUUUUGUCACAUCAACAUGGAAUCUUUUAACCAGUACUGGUCAGCAAGUUAAAUAUGAUUUGUUAGUUAGUAAUGCUAUACAGUUUUUAGCCUCAGUAGCUGAAAGACCAGCCUAUAAACAUUUGUUUGAAGACCCAGGAACAUUAGCUAGUAUCUGUGAAAAAGUUAUAGUCCCAAAUAUACAACUAAGAGUGGCAGAUGAAGAACUAUUUGAGGAUAAUGCUGAAGAAUAUAUUAGAAGAGAUAUUGAAGGCUCAGAUGUGGAUACAAGAAGAAGAUCAGCAUGUGAUUUAGUACAGGCUUUAAGUAAAUCAUUUGAAGGUCCAGUGAUUGAAAAUUUCUCAAAAUAUGUCCAGGGUUUACUGGCUGAGUACAGUGUCAAUCCAGCUGGUAACUGGAGAAGUAAAGAUUCUGCUAUAUAUUUAGUUACAUCAUUAGCAGCUAAAGGACAAACUCAAAAGCAAGGUGUUACACAAACUAGUGGUCUAGUUAAUAUGACAGAAUUUUUUGAAAACCAAAUUUUACCAGAUUUACAAUCUGCUAAUGUGAAUGAGGUACCAAUAUUAAAGGCAGAUGCAUUGAAAUAUUUAAUGGUCUUCAGAAAUCAACUACCCAUGACAGCUCUGAAUACAGGCUUACCAUGUUUAGUAAAUUUAUUAACAUCGGACUCUAAUGUUGUUCAUACGUACUCAGCUCAUUGUUUAGAGAGGUUAUUGAUGGUCAAAAAUGCAGCAGGAGGGGCAGCUUUAACAGUAGCAGACGUCCAGCCUCAUGCUGGAAAUUUAAUGACUAAUCUAUUUUUAACCAUGGAGAAGCCUGGUUCUACAGAAAAUGAAUAUGUUAUGAAAGCUGUUAUGAGAACAAUGUCAUUACUACAAGAGAAUAUAGUUCCUAUGGUACCUGAUAUUCUAAAAAGUUUAACAGGAAAAUUACUAUUAGUCAGUAAGAAUCCAAGUAAACCUCAUUUCAACCAUUAUUUAUUUGAAUGUUUAUGUGUGGCAAUAAGAACAACAUGUAAAACACAACGUGAAAUGGUGACAAGUUUUGAAGAAGUGUUAUUUACACCUUUCACUGAUAUAUUACAAGCUGAUGUCCAAGAAUUCAUCCCAUAUGUGUUUCAAAUUCUGUCUUUAUUAAUUGAGUUACAUACAGAAAGUGUUCCACCAUCUUAUAUGGCACUGUUUCCACAUUUAUUGGCUCCAGUAUUGUGGGAACGCCCUGGCAAUAUACCACCUUUAGUUAGAUUACUACAGUCUUAUAUAGAGAGAGGUGCUAAACAAAUAGAACCAGAAAAAAUAAAUGGAUUGUUAGGUAUAUUCCAGAAGUUAAUUGCCAGUAAAACUAAUGAUCAUGAAGGAUUCUAUCUUCUCAAUGCUAUCAUUGAAUUUAUGCCAGUUGAAAUUGUAAAGGAUUAUUUAAAACAAGUAUUUAUUUUGAUAUUCCAACGUUUACAAAGUUCUAAAACAACAAAGUAUAUAAAGAGUGUGCUGAUAUUUUUCUCCCUGUAUGCUAUCAAGUUUGGAGCAACCAAUUUAAUAGAAAUGAUUGAUACUAUACAACCAAAAAUGUUUUCAAUGGUGGUAGAAAGGCUAUAUAUACAAGAUCUACAGAAGAUCUCUGGAUCAGUUGAGAAGAAGAUUUGUGCUGUUGGUGUAACUAAAAUAUUAACAGAAGCUCCUAUUAUGAUAAAUGGUGACUAUGCCCCUCUGUGGCCCCAGUUAUUACAAGGGUUAAUUGGUUUAUUUGAACUACCAGAAGAUGACACUGUACCAGAAGAUGAACAUUUUAUAGAAGUUGAUGACACUCCUGGUUAUCAGACAGCCUACUCUCAACUUGCAUUUGCUGGUAAAAAAUCUCAUGACCCAGUUGGAGAUGUUCCUGAUGUUAAAAUAUAUCUAGCUAAACACCUUGAAAAACUAGCUGCAGAAAAUCCUGGGAAGAUUCAUCAAGUUAUCAGUGGUGGAGUACAAGAACAAGCCCAGACGUUCUUACAACAAUAUCUUCAAACAGCAGGGGUUACCUUAGUAUGAUGGUAACAACAGUCUAAAGACAAAGAUUUCAGCUGUCAUAUGCUCCACAUCAAAAAACUUAUUCCCAAAACAAUUGACCCUUGUGAAUGUAUUUUGACAAAGCUUCUAUGGAAUAGCAUUACUAGAGUCAUAUAAUUAUGUUUGAAUUUGAUAUCAAACAUGUUUGUAACUUGAUUUUUUGCUGUGAAAAUACUUCACAAGACAUGGUUGUCAAUUUGAAUACAAUAUGAACCAAAUACCUACACAAUACGUAGGAUCAGAGUUUAAUUACAUGUUUAAGCUGUGUUCAUUUUUUGUAAAGAAAGAUAAUGAAAAAGUAACUGCCAUGAUUUUUCUGUUUUGUGUAUAUUUAACAUCAUGAAGUGCUUUUGUUGUAAAUUGUUUAAAGAAUUUCUUCUGCCA